UUUAUGAACGCACUCCUGCGCUCUUUCUGACGUUUCGUCAACACGUGCACCUAACCUUAAAGGGUUAUGGUUUUAAAAUAGCCAAUUUUGCCCCAAAUCCGCGACUAGUGUUACAAAAUGGCCACGCAAGCCGAUGUUAACAUCGAAACUGACAAUUUCGAGCCGAAGAGGGCCACCAAGCGGCGAAAUGACUCGCUAGGGGAGGCCCCCAUGGAAGUGGUCGCUCACAACGGGAUCGAAGGCAAGGUCCGCAACAGACCCAGACAUAAAAGGUCCAGGACAAAGUCGUACUCCGAGACCAAGGACAACAUGAGGAAAGUACCAGUCCCUGCGCACAGGUACACCCCUUUGAAGGAAAACUGGCUUAAAAUUUUCACCCCAAUUGUGGAGCAUUUGAAACUACAAGUGAGGUUUAAUCUAAAGACGCGGAACGUCGAGGUGAAGACGUGUGACGAGACUGAGGAUAUUGGCAAUUUGCAGAAAGCCGCUGAUUUUGUUAAAGCUUUUGUGUACGGUUUUGACGUGGAUGAUGCCUUGGCUCUGCUGCGUUUGGACGACUUGUUCAUUGAGACUUUCGAGAUUAAGGACGUGAAGACACUCAAGGGGGACCACCAGUCGCGGGCCAUUGGCCGGCUUGCGGGUAAAGGCGGGCGCACGAAAUUCACAAUCGAGAACGUCACCAAAACUAGGAUAGUCCUGGCGGACAGCAAGAUCCACAUUUUGGGCAGUUUCCAAAACAUUCAACUCGCCAGGAGGGCGAUUUGUAACUUAAUUCUAGGAUCACCACCGUCGAAGGUUUACGGGCAGUUGCGAAACAUCGCGUCUAGAGUAUCUGAACGAAUGUAGUAUUUAUUUAAUAAAUCAUUUCUUGAAAAAUUUCAAAUAA